UUGUAUGGCUUUUGGUAUUUUUGUUUUUUCUUACUUUUGGAUAUUCCUGUUUUAUGUAAUGGAAAUUAUGACUGAAAAUAAUGUAUUUUCAACAAUUCCUUUUUUCCUUAUUUUGUCUUUUGCACUCUUUUGGCCACCCCACCCCCAUGCCCAUUUUGUUUCCUAUGAAUUAGGGACUUCUGUACUGGAACUCCUCAUCUAGGCAACUCUUCACAUAAUUUUCUGUAUAUUUAUUCUUUAUAAACUUUUAAAUAUUUCAUGUUGGGGUACUUCUCCUCUGUGAGUAAGUUCCAGAACUGUCCAUGGGCCCUGGAUUACAGCUGAAUGUCAGCCUGUAGUGUAAAAAUCUCAUCCUCCACUCCAGAAGAGUUCAGGUGAAACAGUGUUGCAAUUUUUGAUGUGAGUGAAUCAACCUCAACAUCUUCCUGAAAAGGGUAGCACACGAAUGUAGAGACUGCUCUCCUUCCUUACGUGCGUUUUCCAGAAAUAAAAUAAUUUUUCAGUCGUGAAUUCCAUUAUGUGAAACACAAAACUAUUAACAGCAAAAACAAAGAAUAAAAGGAAAAAAAUAUCAAAACAAGAUGUUAUCUUAUAAUAUUAUUCUUGUUGUUUUGGUCAAUUUUGGGCGUGUGUUAUGCUUAUGGUUAGGGAGGUAAUGUCUGGAAUGGAGAAAUAUUUAUUGAGAAAGCAAAUGGAGACAAACUCAGAAAUAGUGGAAUCAAUGAAAAAAAUAAAAGAAACGCAACUGAAAGAGAGGGAGAUGAUUUAUAUUCUAUUGGGUCAACCCAUAAUCCGGUUUUUCCAAUUGCAUGAACUAAAUGUUAGAGGGGGAUGGUAUAAACUACCUGCAGCAACUUGCCAUAAAAGCAGGUAUUAAUUUUAUCUUCUUAUUUUUAGUGCAAGUUUUGAAGAGUGCUGUUCGAUUUUAACAGUUAUUUUUUCAAAACUAUAAUGGAAGUGACAAAGCAGCAUAUUUGGCAUAUUUUGCUUCAUGAAUACAAUAAAGGUAACUUCUUGACUUUCCUGUGUCACACUUCAUUGAAAUCAAAUGGGCUUUCCACCUCGUUAACAUCUGCCGUUAAAUUCAGUUGAACCUUGUUAACCCACGGAAUAUAUCCUUUGUUGCUGGGACUUAGUUUAGCUAUGGGAUUGUUAUAAAUACAGAACACUAAAUGUUUGUUGCUCGACAGAGAGGGUCACUUAUAAGCUCGCUUGAAUAGGUGACUGUUAGCACCCGGAAUGUCACCUGACGAUAGACAACUCUUACCCUUGCACCAUCGAAACGUAGAUGUUAAAAUCAUCGUUUCCAGAGAUCAUGAUUAAAGGAAAGAGAACUAAUUCUUCUUUCAGAAUUAGGUGUGAAACCAGGAUGAGUUUGAGGAUUACAGUCAGUGUCAUUACUAGGAAUUACAUUGACAUAAAAUAUCUAAAAAUCGUGCAAGAAAAUUUCGUUAUACACAGACUAAAAAUUGCUUUAAGCUGAAAGGUACCGACAAGAAUUACCUCCCAUAUGUGUUUCAUAUAAACCAUACGCAUGCGCCUUAAUUGUACUUCCGCAUCGGAGUUUGUUUGUUUCCUUCCUCAGUGUCUUUUAAUUAACCUCUACAGACACUUUCAAUACGUUUCUCAGCUUUACAAACACACUUCGAGUACAUAUAAUAUACACACUCUGUAGCAACUCUUUCCUGUGCGAAACAUUUCCAAUAUCAUAUGACAUUGGGAUAACUGAAGAUACAUCCUCAAUAUUUAUCAUCUUUUAAGACUGGUAGGAAUUGAUGUACAAAGCAAACUCUUUGUAAAGAGUGAACUAUAAGAAGGAAAGCAAGAACAAUAUAUAUACAUUGUGAUUUGAGGAGAAAAAUAAUGGAAAAGAGUGAGAAGGUUGAAGAGUUCAUUUCUGAUGCCUGUAAAAGGUCCUCUCGAAAAAGUGACCUAACUGAACACAAACAUAUUCAAAUAAGAAAGAAGCUGUAUCACUGUGAUAUCUGUGGUAAAUCAUUCUCUCGCAGUAGUCACUUGACUGCACACAAACGUUUUCAUACGGGAGAGAGACCAUAUCAUUGUGAUAUCUGUGGUAAAUCAUUCUCUCAAAGUAGUCAUUUAACUGCCCACAGACGUAUUCAUACUGGAGAGAAACCAUAUCAUUGUGAUAUCUGUGGUAAAUCAUUCUCUCAAAAUAGUGCUUUAACUGCUCACAUACGUAUUCAUACUGGCGAAACUCCAUAUCAAUGCGAUAUUUGUGGUAAAUCAUUCUUUCAAAGUAGUGAAUUAACUAGGCACAAACGUAUUCAUACAGGAGAGAAACUGUAUCAUUGUGAUAUCUGCGUUAAGUCAUUCUCUGACAGUAGUAAUCUUACUUCACACAAACGUAUUCAUACAGGAGAGACUCCAUAUCACUGUGAUGUUUGUGGUAAACCAUUCCCAUAUCAUUGUGAUAUCUGUGGUAAAUCAUUCUCUCAAAGUAGUCAUUUAACUGCCCACAGACGUAUUCAUACUGGAGAGAAACCAUAUCAUUGUGAUAUCUGUGGUAAAUCAUUCUCUCAAAAUAGUGCUUUAACUGCUCACAUACGUAUUCAUACUGGCGAAACUCCAUAUCAAUGCGAUAUUUGUGGUAAAUCAUUCUUUCAAAGUAGUGAAUUAACUAGGCACAAACGUAUUCAUACAGGAGAGAAACUGUAUCAUUGUGAUAUCUGCGUUAAGUCAUUCUCUGACAGUAGUAAUCUUACUUCACACAAACGUAUUCAUACAGGAGAGACUCCAUAUCACUGUGAUGUUUGUGGUAAACCAUUCUCUCACAGUAGUGCCAUGAUCAGACACAAACGUAUUCAUACAGGAGAGAAACUGUAUUAUUGUGAUAUUUGUGGUAAAUCAUUUUCUAACAGUAGUCAUGUAACUAUACACAAGCGUAGUCAUACAGGAGAGAAGCCAUAUCAUUGUGAUAUCUGUGACAAAUCAUUCUCUCAAAAUAGUGGCCUCACUUCACACAAACGUAUUCAUACUGGGGAGAAACCAUAUUAUUGUGAUAUUUGUGGUCAGUCAUUCUCUAGGAAUAGUACCUUGACUUCACACAGACAUACUCAUACGGGCGAGACUCCAUAUCAUUGUGAUUUAUGUGUUGAUUCAUUCUCUCAAAUUAGUGAAUUAAUUGGACACAAACGUAUUCAUACUGGAGAGAAGCCAUAUCAUUGUGACAUCUGUGGUAAAGCAUUCUCUGACAGUAGUAAUCUUUCUACACACAAACAUAUUCAUACAGGAGAGAAAAGAAAUGAGUAGUUUGUAUGGUUUCUUUUGUAAACGAUUUUAUAAUAUUCCUGUGAUUUAAAUAAUGGAAAUUAUGACUCUGAAAUGAACCUGAAGAUUUUGUUUUUUUCUUUCUUGCCUAAUUUUCUCCCCAUCCAUUCCCCUACUUUCAUGCCCUUUUCCAUAAUGUAGGGCCCUCUAUUCGAAAAUUCCUCCUCCUGGCAAUCUUACACAUGGUUCUUUGUUGAUUAUCACUUCCACAAUUUAUAUUUUAUUAAUUUUAAUUUUUUAAUUUAUUGUUUAUUAAUUUUGAAAUGCUUCACUCAUUAAAUAUGUUAAUGAUAACAUAAUUUAAGGCUUUUUCAUUGACAGGAAUAUAGUAAAGUUGUCAGAUAUGUACAAAAUAACCUCUAGUACAAAACAAAGUGGCCACAACCGAAAGACAUUGGGUAUAACUAUAGUUUAGUGCUCCACAACAGCCUCUUCUCAUAACUUUCUGAAAAAUUGUUUUUUAUAUUCAAUUUAACAAGGGUCUAGUUUACAAUCAAAGAAAAAAUAUUUUUUUUGCGUGGAAUCAAGUACACUAACUGCCUAAUAUUCUGCAAACUCCUUAUUUUUGUUUGGAAAAAAAGGGUGAAUCGGACCCCCUACCCCAUCUGGAAUCAUUGAAAAAUUUUUUUAUGUUGAAUAAGUUCUGGUGAUCUAAUAUACUACAAAACCAUUUUUGGGGUCCAAAAACAGGGUGGGGUAAGGUAGAAGCGUCAGAAAUUUCACCCCCACCCUCAUUUUCUGCAUGG